UUAUAAAGAACAGGGAAAAAAAGAUUAUUUUUCCUCCACAAGGGAAAGGGGAAAAUUCUCAAGUCAACAAACAAAAAAAUGAGAGUUGGGAAUCGCCUAAAGUUCGAAUUUUGUUGAUUGGGCUUGGGCGGAAAGGCGAUAACUUUUCUGGGUUUCGUACAAAAGGGCGCGAUUAGGGAAGAACAAGGCGAUUUGCUUCCCCCUUCCCCCCUCCUUCGAGAAGAUAAAAGGAUGCACUUUCAGUUUCUGACGAUGGAUUCACCAUUAUAGGUUUCGUCGGUGAUGCGUUUGAGUAUCUGAAUCCUGGUUUUGAUAGAGGGCCAGAGGAUUGUUCCGUGUUAUAUAUGAACUAUGUGGAAGCAGAUUCUGAGUAAGCUUCCCAAAAAGCAUUUGAAAAAUGACCAGCGUGGACGAGAACAUGGUGGCCAUUCUUCAUCCCAAGCUUCUGCAUCUACUUCAAAAAGCAGCGAUCAUGGCAAUGGCAAUGGCAGAUCAGGGCAUUCACUUACGAAGAACACUCCGGCUAUCAAAUCUCCUCCUCCUGCAGGAUCUAAAGACGGGAAUCUGAAGGCCAGUGGAAACAGUGUUUUCGCCCCAUAUGAAGCGCCACUGCCCGGUUUUAAAGAUGUUCCAAAUGCAGAAAAGCAGAGCUUGCUCAUCAAAAAGCUGCGUUUGUGCCGUGUGGUGUUUGAUUUCACUGACCCGACGAAGAACAUCAAGGAAAAAGAGAUUAAAAGGCAGACAUUACUGGAGCUUGUGGAUUAUGUGACUUCUGCCAAUGGGAAGUUCAGCGAAACCGUUAUCCAAGAAUUCGUUAAAAUGGUCUCUUCCAACAUAUUCAGAACCCUAAAUCCUCAACCACGUGAGAACAAAGUUAUCGAUGCACUUGAUCUGGAGGAGGAAGAGCCAUCCAUGGAUCCUGCCUGGCCUCACUUGCAGCUUGUGUACGAGCUUUUCUUGAGGUUUGUUGCCUCACAGGAAACCGACACUAAGUUGGCCAAGAGAUACAUAGAUCAAUCUUUUAUCCUUCGGUUGCUGGAUUUAUUCGAUUCAGAGGACCCAAGAGAAAGAGACUGCCUGAAAACCAUUCUCCACCGAAUAUAUGGGAAAUUCAUGGCUCAUCGGCCUUUCAUCAGGAAAACAAUAAACAAUAUCUUCUACCGGUUCAUUUUUGAGACCGAGAAACAUAAUGGGAUCGCUGAAUUUCUCGAGAUUUUGGGAAGCAUCAUCAAUGGCUUUGCUCUGCCGUUGAAGGAAGAGCACAAAGUGUUUCUUGUCCGAGCCUUGAUACCUCUCCACAAGCCGAAAUGCUUGGCAACAUACCAUCAGCAGUUGUCUUAUUGUAUCACCCAGUUCGUGGAAAAGGACUGCAAACUUGCUGACACGGUUAUAAGGGGGCUGUUGAAAUACUGGCCCGUGACAAAUAGUUCAAAGGAGGUCAUGUUCUUGAAUGAGUUGGAGGAAGUUCUUGAAGCAACCCAGCCACCGGAGUUCCAAAGGUGCAUGGUGCCGCUGUUUCGCCAAAUAGCUCGUUGUUUGAACAGUUUGCACUUUCAGGUUGCAGAAAGAGCCUUGUUCUUAUGGAACAACGAUCACAUUGAGAGCCUAAUAAUGCAAAACCGUAAGGUCAUUCUCCCGAUUAUUUUCCCGGCCCUUGAGAGAAACGCUCAGAAUCAUUGGAACCAGGCUGUUCAUAGCUUGACUUUGAAUGUAAGGAAGAUAUUUCACGACCCUGAUCCCGAUCUGUUCAAGGAAUGCCUUGCCAAGUUCAAGGAAGACGAAUCAAAAGAAGCUGAGACAGAAACAAGACGUGAAGCCACGUGGAAACGCUUGGAAGAACUUGGGAAACUAAAGGCUUCAUCACAAGGUUAGCUCUAGAGAAGAUUCAGUGUCUUGUUUGAUUUCUGAUUGGACUGGAUCGGGAUUUUCUCCGGGAAGCUUAUCGAUAUCAUUUGGGGGGCGUCGAGAAAAAGGGCAUCGCUGUAUCGGCCUAUAUCUAAUCUUCUUGAAGGAAAAUGCAAAGAUGUGGGAUCCAGUUUUUCUUUUGUUCCAAUAUUCUUGCUUGUUUUGUUGAAGCUUGUUGAUGGGUUUUUGCAACAACAACGUUGAUUUGUUUAUUCUUCAGACUAUCUUAUUCAUUACUCUUCUGCUUGAUUACCUGCAAAAUUGGCACAUUCA